GGACAUUUCAACACGCACAAUGGCGAGCAGUACUGGUGGUCAGGCCUCGACGACCUCGGCCGUCUCGACACCAGUUAAGCGCUCGUCGGCAUCAGGCGAUGCGGGCCCGAGUCGGCGGCCAACGGGCCACCACUCGCCAGCCUACCGACGACACUCGUACGGCGCCGAGGACCGCGUCGUGAUCGACCCCGGCUCGCGCGUGUGGAAGGUCGGCAUCUCGGGCGAAGCCGACCCGCGCGCCGUCUUCUGGGCGACAGACGAGGGCGACCGCGCCGGCGCCGCCGAGGCGUGGGACCUCGACCUCUCGGCCGUGGCUGGCGCGCGCGGGAACCGCACCGAGGCGCGCCGCAUGGUCGCUGCACGCAUUGAGCGGCGCCUGCGCGAGGCCUUCCACAAGCACUUGUUGGUCGACGCAAAGGCGCGCAAGGUCGUCAUUGUCGAGAACACCUUCCUGCCGACGUACGUCAAGGAGGAGAUUGCGAGCGCGCUGUUUGAUAACCUCAAGUCCCCGUCGGUGUCGUUCACUCCUGCGACGCUGCUCACUCUCGGGGCGUGUGGACGGAUAACGGGGCUGGUGGUCGACAUUGGAUGGCUGGAAACUACUGUCUUCUGCUCUCGCCCGCUCAACCACCUGGCCCGGUCGAGCCCAAUAGCUGGCCGGGCAUUGCAUUCGCGGCUGCGAGCUCUGGUCCGCCACUACGGCAAGUACUACCCCGCUCCGCCGGCCUCGCGCAGCCCAGCCCCGCCAAACCGGACACCAGUGACACCCGUCCCGCUCGGCGUGCUCACUGACCGCGUCGUUGAGCGCGUCCUCACCGAGGCGUGCUUCGCCGCCCCUGAAGCUGCCGCGGGGACCUCCUCGGCCGCGCCUCCAGGCGGCUCGUCGGACAUGUUCGAGCCUCUGCCCGAGAUCGACGACGCGGGGCUCAUGCAGACGCUGCAUGAUCGCUACGCUGGUGCUGCUGGUCCAACAAAAGACUGGACACUUACAAUCCCAUCAGCUCGCGGCGUCGGGCCGUGCAGCUAUUUGGUCGUGCCUGGCUGGGUGCGUGCGCGCGCCGCAGAUAUCCUAUUUGGCGACGGGCCUGCCGAGGACGAGUCUGUCACGGAGCAGGUGAUUAGCACCCUGUUAAAGCUGCCUGUCGACCUCCGAGCCGAGCUCGCGUCAUCCAUCGUCGUCAGCGGUGGCAUCGCGUCACUCCCUGGCAUCGUCCCACGACUCCGAGACGACAUUCUUCACCACAUCAGCCAGGCACCAGCACCACUAGGUCCAGAUACCACUGCGACUACUGCCGCAUGGCGGUCGCGUGCGAGCAACCCCAAGACGGCACUGCAUGGCCUCGAGUCAAAGCUCGCCAUUCUCAACGACCCCUCGCCGCUUGAUGGGCGGGCAAGCACCAAGGGUGGGACAGCACCCCGCUGGUCUCCAUCACUGCUGGCGUGGGUCGGUGGCUCGCUCGCCGGCGCCAUCAAGGCUGUGGCUCCCGAGCUCAUCCGAGAAGACUAUGAUCAGCUCAUGAGCGAUCAAGUGGAGCGGAGCGAGGUGUACCACACUGCGUUGGAGGAGGAGCGUAAGGGGAUUCCAGCACCCAGCGUUGGACUCGACCUUGACGAGCUUCGUCCUGGGAUGGCUACGAUGGCGUUGGUAGACCGGCGGAAGCGUGGGUGGGCGCCUGGAGGCGUUGUCCCCGACUGGACGACGACUGGGCUGCGUGCGAGUGUGUAGUAGAUUGUGUGGGCAUUGCACUCGUUAUCGGCACUUGUAAUAGAC